ACAAUUUUCCCUGAGAAAUAAAAAAUCAAAUCCUUUUCCCUCUUUCUUUCCUUUUUCCGUUCUCCCUCUCGUUUCACUUCCACAGUCUCUCGCUCUCCCGAAAUCGUUCUAGGGUUUCGAUUUCUGCCAAACCCUGAAGAGGAGAAGAACUAGAAGGAAGAAUAGAAGUGAAGGAUCGGUCAUGGAGGUAGUCAUGGAUUCGGCUUCGAGCGGCGCGGAGGCCACCGGGCCGCCAGGAACCCUAGUUUUGGACAAAGGUCCGGAGGCGGCGGGAAGGGCGGAGAUCGACACCUCGGCGCCGUUCGAGUCGGUGAAAGAGGCUGUGGAUCGAUUCGGGGGCAGCGCCGUCUGGAAGUCGCAGCUCAAGCAGCUGUUUUCUCCCGAGAAACAUGAUUGCUGUGAGGAUUUUGAUGUUAUAAAAGUGAAGGAACAGACUGCACAGUUAGAGAAGGAUCUGAUUUUGAAAGAAAGAGAAACACUAGAUGUAUUAAAAGAACUGGAAGUGACCAAAAAAAUUGUGGAGGGUUUAAAAUUGAGGUUACAGAAAGAGACCUUUGAAGAUGCUAAUGCCCUGGCUGUGAAUUUUGAUAGUACAAACGUGCAUCCUGUUCCUGAAACUGAAGAGCAGGGUCCAAUAAAUCUCAGGAACCAUGUGGAAAUGGACGGUCCAACUAUAGAAGCAAAUCAAUCUCCAGGGCUGAUCUUAAUGGAGCUGAAUGUGGCGAAGGUGAACCUGAGCAGGAGAACAGGUGAUCUGGCUGAACUUCAAGCUUCCAUUGUAUUACUCAACAGUAAAAUAGAAGAGGAGAAAGUCUUGCUGGAGAAAACCCAAGAGAGUCUGACUGCUAAUACUGCUAAAAUUUCAUCACUAGAAGAAGAUCUGAAUCAAACAACACUGAAGCUUCAAAUGACCAACGAUUUAGAAAGUAAAAGGCAUGAGUAUCCCUCAGAUAUUUCAAGGAAAAUCAAACAAAUGAAUUCUGAGAUAGAGCAGUUUAGGAGGAUGGCUGAAGAUAACAAGUCUGAAGUUUCGAAGCUGACCAAGGAGAUUGAGCAGGCAAAAGCUAGCAUCAAGACAGCUGAAAUCCGAUGGCUUGCAGCCAAGAAGAUGGAAGAAGCAGCCAAAGCUGCAGAAGCUGUUGCUCUUGCUGAGAUCAAAGCUCUCAUGAGCAGUGAUAACUCAACUGGAGACCUCCAAAAUUCUUCUGCAGUAACUCUGUCAAUUGAAGAGUAUGUCAAGCUUACUCAUAAAGCUCAAGAGGCUGAUGAGAUCUCAAGAAAGAGGAUUGAAGCUGCGGUGCUUCAGAUAGAUGAAGCAAACCAAUCUAAAUCGGCUUUGCUGAAAAAAGUGGAGGAAGCAGCAGCAGAGGCCAAAACAGCUAAGAAGACACUAGAAAGGGCCUUAAAGAGGGUAGAGGCUGCAAACAGAGGGAAGCUUUCAGUUGAAGAGGCUCUUCGUAGAUGGAGGUCCGAACAUGGUCAGAAGAGACGCUCCAUUCAUAACUCCACAAAAUUCAAGAACUACUACUCAGUUCACCAUAGAAGAGACUCUCGCAUGCUAGAUGUCAAUGGGUUGGAUUUGGUUACUGAUGGGUCGAAGAGUGCCCUAAGGCCACCAUUGUCUAUUGGGCAAAUACUCAGCAUGAAAUUGAUGGCUCCUGAGGAGCAUGAUACAGUUAAAUGGAAGAGAACAACUGAAAAGCCAAAGGUUUCGCUGGGUCAAAUGCUGAGCAAAAAGCAAGGUGUUUUGUCUCCCAAGAUGGCUGAGGAUGGAUCUGCGCAUAAGCAGUUCUCUACAAAGAGAAAGAAGUUUGGAUUGGUGGGUUUCUCACUUCUCUUGACAAAGCCAAACAAGAAGAACAAGAAGAAAAGGCAUUGUUAAAGAGUCCAAGGUAGCUGUGAGCUGAGGUUUUCUGCUGUUGUCCAGGGACAUAGUCUACCUUUAUAUGAACUAGGGACAGUCUCAAUUAUUUUUCUUUGUAAUAUGGAUAGAUGGUUGUGAAGUUGCUUCAGGUGUAUAGUAUUAGUGCAGCUGCAAGAUUUCUUUUCCAGCUAAAUUUAAUUAUCAGGCCAUUUUGCAAUCUGU